AGACACAGGUACGCUCCCUCGCUUGUCUUAUCACACACCUAGGUUUUGGAGAGACACUGACAAUAUGCUUCAGCAAACUUUGUGUCUCUCUCUUCUUCUUGCCGUAAUUGGGAUAUGUUCUACAGAUGACAUCCCAGUUAUUUCUGGAGUGUUCAUGCCGAACAACAUCAAUGUGGACUACGACGGGGCCAAAACCGCCUGUGCCAUGCACUACAGCCGACUGGCGACUCUGGAUGAAAUUACUACAGCCUUCAAAAAAGGAUAUGAGUUCUGCAAGUGGGGCUGGAUAGUUGAGCACAGGCUGGUCAUGCUGCGGUUGACCCCCUUCGAACCCUGCGCUGGCUACAACAUGGGAGUUUUAAUAAAAGACUGUCCGCUCAUAUAUUCGGUUUUCUGCGCAGAUGGAGGUGGUUCAAUAACUGUCGCUGCUAUAAAGAACAGAGUCCCUUCAUAUGAAAAUGCCAGCUUGGCCUGUAUGGACAUUGGCUCAGUAGCCACACAGAAGCAAAUUGUGGACAAGAUCACAAACAUACCAGACAACACCGUGGCCUGGUACAACUGGGGAGUUGGAGAAGUUAAGAACAACGUUUUUGCGCCCAGUGUGUGCAAUGAUACAGCGAGCACGGCAUCUGCCUUCUGCUACAACCCGUCCUUGGCAGAUGUCAUCAUUAACAAGGAUGACCGAACCUGGAAGGUAAUCGUCAUGGCAUGCUUGCUGAGCCUGAUCUUCAUAGUAUUGCUGUUUGCAGCAGUGUUCAUGAAGGGGAACAAGUUUAUCUGCUGCAUGGGGCCAAAGAGGACCGAGCCGCAAGACGUCGUCCAGUCUCCAGUACCCACCUGGAACAAUACGGGCAUCUAUCGACGCAUUAGCGUGGCCAACAAGGGAGUGCUAUAUGACAACCUCAGCAACGUAGAUAAACGAGUAUCUGCCCUUCGCCCAGAAAUGAACCUCUACAAGACCCACUACACAAACAUGGGCUUUGACACCACUGGAGAAGAAUGAGGGGGGGUCAAUGAACGUCUUAUGAGGGGUUCCUGGUUUCAAGACCUUUGCUGUACAGUAUCACCUUCAACUCCUUAUUAUCUUUUUUUAUUCACAUGAACAGUCCAAGAAAAGCUUCAAUUUUCAGUCC